AUGGCGUUCGCUGUACCGGAAGUGGUGUAUCCGGUGGCGGAGGAUGUGACGUCAUCCGUGGGUGCUCCGACAGUGGCCACAAGGCCGAUGGCGGCAGGAACAUUGUGGGGAAGGUCCUGGGUUGCUGUGCUCGAUAUAAGCUUCUGGAGACUGCAGACUGAUCAGCCGGAAAGACCAGUCUUACAGCAAGGAAAGCUGUUGAAUGAUGAGAUUGUCUGCCUACCUGCUUCAUUUCCAGCUGACUCCGGAGACACAGGGAGGGCUGUAAUGGAGCAGGAUAAAGAGAAGUUGGAGAAAGAUAAAUUUGAAAUUGAAAUGAAGCUGUCCCAGUCUUUGAAAGAACUCAGUGAGAUAAAAGUGCAACUUGAAAGCUCUAAAGAAGAAAUCGGUCAAUCAGAGGAUCAGCUUGUUCAGAAAGAAAAGGAAAUACUAAAUCUCAAAAACUGUCUGAAACAGAAUGAGGAGUCUUAUUGUGAACAGAUAAAAGAAAUUAAUGGAAAAUAUCAGCUACUUGAACAGGAGAAAGAAAAAGCAGAGGCAGAAUGUAACAGGUUGGAGCAAAAUUCAACUAGGGAGUUGGCGAUAAUGAAAGAAAAAUUGAAUGAGAUGGAACAAGAUCUGCAGCAGAAACAAGAUGAGCUUUCCUCUGUCAAACAGGAAAAGGAACUGUCUGACUCUUUGCAGCAGAGGUUCGAUAUCUUCCGGGAAGAAAUGACCAAAGAGAAGCUUUUGCUGGAGGAAGAGCUGGAGGCUGCAUUAGAUGAGCUUGAACAAUUGCAGCUGAAGGAGGUGGAGGCUGAGGAGUUGGCCAAACGUCUAGAGGAUGAGAAUGAACUGAGAGCAAGAAAGUUUGCUGGACUACAGGAAGAGCUUGCGGAGAAAAAUGCUGAACUGGAGAAGGUUAAUGAAAAUCACAGCAAAAUUGUCAGUCAGUUACAUGAGGACCAGAGUAAAUCACUAAGAAAGCUGGGAGAUAUUGAAGCAGAAUUUGAAAGCUACAAAUCGUCUGUAACGAAAGAGGUGGGGUGCCUCCAGGAGAACAACACUGCACUGACAAAGCAAGUUGCACAGUUACUCUAUGAAAUCAAGGACAAGCAGCAGCAGUUAGCAGAAGUUCAGCUUUCUAAAGAAAAAGCAAAAGAAGAAUAUGCAAGAAUGCUACUGGAAGCACAAACAAAGCUAGCUCAGAAGGAAGUUGAAGUUAGAAAGUUGGAAGAAACUUGUAACCUGAGAGUAAAUGAACUUCAAGCACAAUUGGAACAAAGCAAGAUGUGUCAGGAGGUGGAGAAACAGAGCACUGAUACUGUGGGUGAGGAUGUGGUUACAGAACUUAAAGCUGAAAUACAAAAAUGGCAAGUGCUUUAUGAAGAAUUGCACAACAAGGUUAAACCUUUCCAGGAGCAACUUGACUCAUUUGAAAAGGAAAAGAAUUCCCUCCUCAAUGAACAUGGAGCUACGCAGGAAGAGCUGAAUAAACUGAGUGAAGCUUACAUCAAAUUGCUUGGUCAUCAAAACCAGAAACAGAAAAUUAAGCAUGUAAUGAAGCUGAAGCAAGAAAAUGUGGAGCUGAAGCAGGAGCUGACAAAACUUCGAGCGCAGCUGUCCAAGGAGAAACUAACUGAUCAGAAGUAUCAAGAACAACGUUGCAAGGCACAAGGCAUCAAACGCUUUGAUCCUGCCAAAGCUUUCAAACAUUCGGCGAAGGAGAAUAUUGCUCCGACAACACCACUGAGAGAAGGGAGCACAAAUGUACUUUAAGCUAUGCAGCUUUGAUUUCAAGUCUCCAUACAUUGUGAGUGUGAUGAGAUUCUGGUAAUGGUACCCUGGAUCAAAUGGCUUACAUUCAACAAGAAUGAGUUGAAGAGAUUACUGACAUUGUAAAUCAGAAAGUAGAUCAUCGUAAACCAAUGAAACAGUCUUGCUCCAGUGAUUUUAUGUUAUUCUCCCCUGCCCCUUGAAUUUUAAUCUUGAAUUUUAAAAUAUGGAUUUAUAAAUAAAUUCUUUAGAUUAGGUAAAUUAUUUUUUAUGGAUGUUUAUUUAUCCUCAUGAAUCUAUUCAUUGGCAUUGACUUGUAAAUAAUUCUGUUGGAUUUUCUGGUGAGCUGGUAGUUGAUAUCUGGGAGAAUCAACAGUUCAGGUUUCACAAACAAUUUAUGAAGAAAAAAAUAACUUGCAAGCAGCUGGGCUGUUAACAAAAAUAGCAGCUGAUAAAGAAAUCUAUUAUUGUAAUUCUAUACUGUUACUGUGGUGCAGCAACCACCCCCCGACCCCUCCCCCCCACCCCCAAUGCCCUUUCCAGAUUCAGGUAAAGUAAGAAUUUUUUUUGCAAUGGAUAACAUUCUUGCUAAGUAACACGAGUUCUAUAGUUAAGUGAGAGACUAGUCAUAAUGUGAAUUUUCGGAUCAUGCACAUUGGAUGGACAUUCAACUUCAUGUGAGGGAAAUAAAGAUUUGAAACUUCAUCAGAAUGAAGGCCCUUACCUUAACAGACUGCAUUAAAGCAAGGACCAUCAACUGAACCCAUUGAAUAACUGAAUUUCCAAAGAUUUGGGUAGCACUUUAAGUGACUGAACACUAAACUUCAAGCCAUCUAGCUCAACGUCAAGCUUAGCUUAUUGAUAAAAUAUUUAGCUGUAGCAAAUAAUUAACAUUAAGUAUGAAGAUACUGGUCCAUGGUUUUAAUUAUUUUGCAAGAUCUUUAUUCUGGUGACAUUCAAUAUUGCAAUAAAUUGUCAGCUUAUUUUGUGGUGCAUGUAGUGAGGUUGAGAGACUUGAUGUGGUUCCCCAGCACUUAGUCUGAAUUGUAAUUCUGAGUCAUUCCAAAGGCUUCCCAAUUGUUUGGAAAGCAAAGUUGUCAAUGGGUGCAGUUGAUGAUCCUCUUUUCAAUGUAACUAUUUUAAUAGCAGUUAGAAGCUGACCUUGAGACAUUGUACAAUCUGACAAGAAUAAGAAACUGGAGCCUUGUUGCCUAAUACGGUUUUUCCUGCAGAACUUGCAGUUGAUUAUUUGAAAUGAUUGUAUCUUUUGGUGUUUAACAUUGUAAAUAUGUAACAUUUUAAGUUACGUCCUUGGAUAGUGAAUUGUCAAAAUGGCACUGAUGUACAAAAAACAUUGGAAAUAAGAAUAAAGCUGGACUCGUUCCACUUUGAGGGAUCUCUGCUCUGUCCUGCUCUACCCUGGAGAGGAUCAACAUUAGUUUUUUUACCUAGAUGAAAUUCCUUCAUGUAAUAAACUCACAGUACUAAGCAGUAACUUGCUAAUAAUGACUAUCUAAAGUUUUUAAAAUUUACAAAAGCA